GAUCCGCAAGGCAUUGACAUCAUAUCCUGCGAGCGAAGUAUUACAGACGCGUUGAACCACCUCCUUUUCCACGGAUCGCAACGCAUUCCUUCAAUCUAUCCUUAGAGAUGUCUUCCUAUAGACAACGAAAUACGGCCGCGGCCCUUACAACCCUAGCGAUAAUUUACAAUGCCGUUUCGGCUUAUCUUCUCUACCAACUCCCCGAUGACCCAUACCAUCUUGCUUCCAAUUUCUCUCUUUAUGCAUCAUUCGCUGGGCUUUUGAGCAUUCUUGGCUUAGUCGGAGUUGUCAAGGAAAAUGCGACAUUAGUGGGCAUCUUUGCGAAUUACCACUUGAUCGAUACUAUCUUGUGCUCAAUACCCAGAUUCCUUGUUCUUACCUUGUUCUCGGGGUUCCGCGAUAGCUUCUGCGUACCCGAUUCGAGCUUUGCUUUUCAAAAAGGGUCGUCUUCGGGCCCUUCACGGAAUUUGCUGGAGCAGUUUGAUCAUGGAGAACGUCGGUCUUCUUCCGCUGCAGUUGCGGUCGCUCUUACCGAUUCAGAGCUCUCCCUCGAACAUUGCUUACGCGUCGUUUGGGUGGUGCAAAUCAUUGCCUUUGUCGGCAUCGUCGGAACAACGCUAGUCCAAUUCUAUUUGGGCCUGCAAGUUCGAGAUUAUGCGAACAGGCUUUUUAUGCGCGAGCAAGCGCGUGAUGAAGAAAGGGUCCGGGCAAUUGAGCAAAGCGGCGUUGCCUACGAAGACGACAAUGAACGUCCGCGCGUUGGUGCUCUCUGGGAGAAAGUAGAGAUUGGCUCGGAUGAUCUGGAUAAUGAUCCAGUUCCUCCGUACGAAGAACGAGCCGCCUUUACGGGAAAACUUUAGGGAAUUCAUGCUAUACUGAUGCGUUGAAUUAUUUUCACGGCGCUUGGAAGGGCACGAUUGUGCGAUCGAUUCCCCCACUUUUUUCCGCGUUUCGCAUUGCUUUUACCGCCGGCGUUGCGUUGAUUGAAACGAAGAAAACGAAUGGCGUUGCGAUCUAUGCUUAGCCUCCCCUUUUUUUUCGCCUUCUCCUUGGUUUUAUUGCAUGAUUUCCCUUUGCUUAAGCUCAUCUCUGUACCUCUUUUCUGAUGUCCUUUUGAAGAUACCAUUUCAUCAUUAUCACGUUCCUUACGAAGCAACCAAUGACGUUAUCAUUUUCAGC